GUUCGCCCAUUUCGUACCCGUCGCGCCCAGUGAGAGCACUCUCGCGGCGAACACUCGCAACUUUGGUUCCCUCCCCCAUGAUCUGCCCGCCUCCACAGCAUGCCACUGCCAAGCGCCUUUCGGUACCUGGUUACCUGGCAAAUGCUGGCAUUUUUCUCGCGUUGUGGCCCAUCUCUCCACACUGGAGAUGACCUCCGCCCACCAGCCUUAUCCAUCGACAUCCAUGACAUCCAUGCGAGAACACGCGGAAACAUGAUGGCUAAUCAGCGGGCAAUCUAACGAAAAGACCCGGAUGCGACUGUACGGGGAUUUCAAUUACCGCAGCUCUUCGCAGGCAACCAACACGCCGACAAACUUCAGCAUUGCGAAUGGAGUCGUCUCCUUCAGAAUGAAGUUGGGGGCAGGAAACCGCGCAAUCCUCAUUCCCGGGUAUGGGGAACGUCGCAUCCAUGACAUGUAUCCCUACGCAGCCACAGCAAUUCGUCCAUGCCUCACACAAAGAGCAGAGUCAGCACUUCGAACAGUAUGUUAUGCAACAGCAACGAGAAAAACCUGGCUUCGACGUCGUAGAUCUGCACAGCGUCAUUUUACUACCUUUGUAUCCGUACGGGCCACAGCAUGCUCCCGCAAUCAGCCGGAUAACCCGAGAGGUAGGUUAUGGAAUGUUUCAAUUAAUCCCAACCAGACCUGCCUUCUUCCUUGUCUUGAUCUGAGGGAGAUCUCCUGCUGCAAAUCCGGUCAUUUGGACGCGGGAGAGAACAGCCAGAGACAGGACCGCCGCGGCGAUCCGUACAUCGGCCCUAUGCAGCUGCGCGACAAACCUGUCUCCCGUCUCGCUCGUCUACGUUCCCUGCACCAGAUCAAUAUAGCGUCGCGUAUCGUUGAUGAUCAAAGGCAGUUCACCAAUGUCCAAAUCACUCAACUCAAUCAUCAGAGCGAGUGAGCCUAGAAGAAUAUGGAUCUCACCCGUUCAUUUCGGACUAUUCAAGUGGACGCCUCGGAGGCCACCUCUUCCGUCAGUCAGAGCGCCGCAAACAUAGUCUAACGUCAAAAUAGAAACUUUUUUUUCA